AUGACUAUCGACGAUACUAGUCUCAAAGGCAAGAGCGGCGCCGCUCUUGCCGCAGACGCAGAACUGGUACAGUCAACCACCAAGGGGGUGGAGGAAACCACCGAGGCUGGCAAGACCCGUGCCAACAAGCAAGAGGCAACAGCUACUUGUAAAUUAACAACAACGGCUGCAGCGUCUGCCAGCGCCACGACGCCUCAUGCAAGACACGGCUCGCUGCUAUCGAGCUCCCUAAAAAGACGAAGGAAAAGCAGCUGUGUUUCUUCGUCGCAGCACUUUCAAAAAGUCACUUUCCAGUACAACAAGUGUUUCCAAAACUACUACCACUCACGGACUUUUUUAAAACCCAACCCAUGCUACAUACCAAACAUGAGGACGUCGGUUAACCACUGGCAGUUGCGGGACUUGGUCAAGUACAACUACAAGGACAACUUGUUGUACUAUACACGAGGCGACUCGAUCUAUUCCUACGACUUGACCGAUAAAUUUGUCGAGAAAAGAGCCAAGCUCAACUAUUUCCCAAGAUGCUUUGAUAACCAGAACAACAUGAUUGCCACGGGCGGGUUAUUGACAAGCUCGUCCAAAUUGUCGCUGUUGAAUUUGGACAAUUUAACUUCAACAAUACCAGCCACUGGGGCUGGGGCUGGGGCUAACAACAACACCUUGAAUUCAGCUACUAGUUCUACAAGUAGAAGAAGUGUAGCAAAAGGUCUUUUCUCAUUUUACAAUCAAGACUUGUCCCUAGUUCACACAGUGAAAAUCGGUGAAAUGAUCAAUAACGACGUUUCAUUGUACCAGACUAGCAAUUCGCAAUUCACCAGCUAUUUGUGCAAUAAUGAUGCUAUUCUAUACUGCGUCGAUAUCAACAACAACUCGAAUUUCAAAGUUACCAAUAAAAUCAACUGCGAAGCAAACACGUGUCUUAAUGCUAGCAUCAAAAACCCACGAUCGAACUUACUCACUGCAGUUGGAGACUCGUCGCUGAUUUUCAUCAUUGAUACUCAAUCAGCCAAUCCCUUGAUCAAAUCAGUUGACUCUGGUGGCCACGAAGGAGGAUUUGGCUUAUCGUACCAUUCUGACGGCUAUAUCUUUUCUGCGGUUUUCCAAGAUGGUACUUGCCAAUUAUACGAUUUGAGAAACUUGUCACAACCAGUAAAAGAAUUCACGUCAACUAGAAAAGGGCAUCAGCUGGGAGCUUUCAGAGUUUGUAAAAUAUCCCAGUAUUCAAAUGGAUUUGGUAGUGGAGACUUGCUCAUGAUUGCAGAACACGUGGGAAGAGUUCAUUUAAUCGAUUUAAAGACAUUUGAAAGACAAGUUAUUGUUGUGCCUGCGGCCUUGGACCAGUUUGCCAACUAUCAGCAGGCUAAACAUUAUGAAGAUGAAGAAGAAAAGAAACCACUAAUUAAGCAUCAUGAAGAUGUUUUGCAGGAGAUCAAGAGCCCUGUUAGCAUAUACCCUGAUGAGUUGAUGUCGACAUUCACAUCUCCCAUUGUUUAUGAUUAUGACUACUUGACAAAAGUCAAUACUAAGCUAUUCAAAGAAUUCAACUAUAUUCCACCACAAUCACCACUUUUACACCAUGCAUGCCUUGCUGAUUCAACUCCAAAGCUUGGGCAACAACCGCCACAACCACAAUGGAUAGGAAACGGGGUUUAUGAUUAUAAUCUCAAUAACGAAACCAUCACUUCUGUGUCUCCAAACACAUCGAGAAGAAAUUCCCAACCACACCCACCCCAUCAUCAAUCAGUCUCGUAUGAUGUCGAUAUAGACUCUCAAUUGAAUGAAAUCUAUAGAAACUACUCCAUCUCCUCGUCGUCAUCAUCACCAUCAUCAUCACCAUCAUCAUCAUCGUCGUCUUCAAACGAUGCACGUCAUUCUAUUUCAUUGUUCAACGGAUACCGUCCUUCAGACCAACACCAGGUGCGCCACUCCAACUCACUUUCUUCACAAUCCUCAACCUCGUCCUUGUUCUACAAUACCGGUUAUUGCGACGAUCUGUAUCAACAAUCGUCAAAUCACGUGCAUGGAGAGAUGGAGCUACUGGGAGUUGAGUUUAUCAAUAACGAGGCAGGGGACUUGAAGAUUGUUAUUGCAUGCCAAGAUGCUGGCAUUUUGAUAUGGGACGUUAACUCUGCUCUUCGGAGAAGUGUCGGUGGAACUUUUGAAUUUGUUUAA